AUGGAUAUUAAAAAUGAAGAGUUAUUUUUUAAAGUUUUUAAAAACUCUUUUUUAAUACAAAAAAUUUUCUCGUUUGUUCAUAGAGAUAAAGUUGGGUAUAGAUGGAAUGAAACCGUUUCGAUGGAACUCCUUUUAAAGAACUCCAAAUUCGAAAUUUUAUACGAUAAAUUACUUUCCAAAAGCCAAAUAAAUGUUAAUUUUUUAGGACUUAAAUUACUUUUUGAACUUUAUCCUCAAAAUCAAUAUUUCAAAAAAACAUUCGAAUUAUUGUGGGAUCAAUACAACGAAACAAUUAAAGCAUUAAACCCACUAUCAAUUUUAAUAUAUAUUAAAGAAGACUAUUUUUCAAAAUCAGUUUCAGAUAAAAUCUCAGAUUCAGACCUUUUCAAAUUUAUCUUUAAUAAAUAUUAUAACUAUAAUAAUAAUAAUGAUAAAAUAAAUCAAUCCUAUAAACUUUACGAUUUAUUAGAUAAAACCUUUAAAUCAAAAAUUUUUAAUAAUAAUAUUGCAAGUUUUAUAGUUGAACAAAUCAACAAUAUAAAUAGAAAUGAUAAUAAUAGUAUGGAUGAAUAUGAAGAAUUCAUUGAACCAUUUAGAAACUUUAGAAAUAAAGAAAUUUUAGAAUGUAUCUAUGCAAAUAAAGAAAUCCCAUUGUUCUUGGGCCACAAUAUCGAUUAUAUUUUAGAAUCUGAUACCAAAGAAAAGGUCAAAUUCAUUAGGGAUACUCUAAAGAUAGAUUUAUCAAAACAAAUAAAGAAGUGUAAUGGAAGUAGCUCUUUUAUUUUAAGAGAAAUGACCUAUUUGGAUGUGAAAAGUUAUACUGAAGAAAUAUUACAAGUUUCAAAUCAAUUGAUGUUGCAUGGCCAGUACGAUUGUAAGAUUGAUGUUAAUUUAGGCCAACAGUUUGAUACCUCGAUACAUUUGGGUAAUGUGGGCUAUCUUAAAUUGUUACUAAUAGAUAGAGCUCAAAAAAAUCGUUUAAUUAACUUUAAACAAUUUAAAAAAUACUUGUUAGAAAAUGAAAAUAGUAUCAACAAUACUGAACAGCUAAUCCAAGUCGUAGAGAAAUAUAAAAAUAAGCAAGGUCAACACAUAGGUCCAGAAGAACUUUACUAUUUUUUCGACAUUCAUAUCAUUUACUACCAUCUCAAGCAAAACAAUUUUGAUCAGGUUAUUUAUUAUUUAAAGUCUUAUUUCAACUUUACACAAUUUGAUACAGAAAAUGAAACUACAAACGAAGCCAUCAAAUCAAAAAUAGCCUAUUUAUUAUUUAAUUAUUCAGUUUUUACUUUUUCAAUUCAAACAUUUCAAUUAUUUUUAAACUAUUGUUAUAAUGAUGGUAAUUUCAACAUUAAAGACCAUUCAAGAACAAUUGUGUAUUAUGAAAGAAAUAAAAUUGAUCAAAACCAAUUUUCAAGCUAUAUAAACUAUCUCCUUGCAGGAAAUUACCUUCAAGAUAAACAAAUGGUUGAAGAUAUUAUUGAAAUUAUAUAUUCGAGUCAUAGUGGAAAUGAAUUAGAAAAUCUAUUAAACUCAAAUGAUACCUUUAAAGAAUGCUAUUUAGAUAUCCUUUCAAAAAACCACAGAGAAAUCUUUUAUGAUCAUUUUAACUCAUCAGAGCAAGGGGAAAAUGAAAUGGAUUUUAAAAAAAUGGAUAUUUAUUUAAACAAUAUUAAGUUAAUUACACAUUUUACAGGUCAACAAAGAAUCUCUCAAAAAAAGUUAAUAGUCCACGACAAACAAACUGGGGCCCUUAUUAAUUAUCUAUUAAACUACAAUAGUCUAGGUCGUACAAACUACUUUUAUUUCAUAACAGAUCUUCAAAACAAGACACAAUUCCUAUGUUUAGAUGACUCAAUUCGUGCAUUCCAAUCCAUUGACCAAAAUUUAUUAAAAAAGAGAUAUGAAUCACUUGCAACAUCUGAACAAAUAAAUUUACCACAAUAUUAUUUUAAUAAAUCAAAUAUUUUAGUCCAUCACCUAAUAAAUGCAGUCGAUAAUAAAGAUAUAUACUCUGUAAAUAAAAUAAUAUCAACAAUCAAUAAUAAUAACAAUCAAAUAAUAAAUAUAAACAUAAAUGAUAAUAGUUUAGAUAUUAUUAGCAAUUUAUUUAUAAAUGGUGAUCUUCGAAAUUUCAACCAUAGCUAUCUAAUACAAGCCAUUAUCAAUAAAUAUAAACCAUCAAACGAAUUUCUAUCAAAAAUUAGCCCCUCAAUAAACGAUUUGGAGUUAAAAGAACAAUAUAUGGAAAAGGAAUUGAUUACAAUUAAAUAUCAUAUCACUAGCUAUUUUAAAGAAGAACAGGGCCAAAGUAUUGAAAAGAAAAAGAAAGCAAAAGGAAAUGAAGAGUAUAACAAGUUUAUUGGUUAUUUUUUGAAUGGCUAUUAUCAAAAAUUUUUAGAUGUCCUUUCAAAAAAUCAAGAUAAUCAUCAAUUCUUGGAUGAUGUUUUUUCAGAUAUAGAUCCAAAGAUAUUAUAUUCUCUCAAAGAUAAAGUUUUCGAAUCAACAUAUACAGCCGACUGGUUCAAAAAGCUAUUUAUUUUUAUUUCAAUUUAUUUAGAAACAUAUAAGGAUGUACUUUCUCUAUCAUUAAACAACAACUUUGAAAUAUUUGAACUCCUUUGGGAAAACUAUUUAGCCAACGAUAUAACAAAGAAAAAAUUCAUCCUUGAGCUAUUCAACUUUCAAGUGUCCUCAAUGGAUUUGAACCACAUUCAAAAACACCCUUUAAUGGAAUAUAUAUUAAAAGAAAAAAAAGAAACUAUUGAAAAAUUGGAAUUCAACGAAAGAGAAUUAUCAAUAAUUCAUAGAGUAGUAUUUUCAUAUGGUAAUAUUUCGAUUUUCAAAAAAAUUAGAUCUAUAUUUAAAUCUUAUCAAUUUACAAUCGAUCAAGAUUUAAUGUACGAAUUUAUUUCAAACAAUUUCGAUAACUCUUAUCAUGCCUGCAAUUUCAUUGAAUAUCUAUACGAAAAUAAUUAUUUAGACGAUUUAAAAGGUAUCCUUUCAAAUAAAACCCUAACAAAAUUGGUACUCAAUGAUAUCAUAAGUUCAGAAUAUCUCAGAAUUUCAAAAUCAACAUUAAUUUUAAUCCAUACAAUUAUUAAAUCACAACAAUGA